AUGGCUACUUCUGUGUUGGCCUCCCUUGCGGCUUUUGUAUACCUUCAGGCGCCUCUGUCGGCCGCCAGCAGCCACCAUGGACUCCGACACAGGUCGCUCGGCCACUCGAGCGCCCCCAAGAUGUGCUCGGCCAGCAGCGCUGAGGUCGUGAACAACUCUACUGAGAUCUUCCCCUACCAGACCUUCCACUCGUUCACUGGUACCCCGCCGCGGCUCAACAUCACCGCCAAUGGUGAGGAGCUCGCCGAGGGCCUCAUCUUCUUCGGACCCAAUACCGAGUCCGGCGCUGGCAAGCCCAAGGAGGUCACCAACUUCAUCAUGACCGACACUGGUGACCUGGUUUACGCUCACCCACCGACCAGGGCCCCAACCGACUUCAAGGCGCAGACGCUGAAUGGAAAGCCGGUCGUCACAUACUACACCCCGGUUGGCACCCAGCCUUUUGUCGGCAUUGGCUGGGGUAACGUCCAUAUCCUGGACGACACCUAUAAGGAGAUCCACACCGUCUGCCCCAAGUUGAACCUGCACAAGGGCGACGGAACUAUCGCCGAGUGCGGUUCUGAUCUCCACGAGCACUACAUCACUGAGGACAACACCCUCUUGACCACUGCUUUCAAUGUUACCCAGUACGAUUUGACUCCUCUGGGUGGAACUGCCGAUGACUGGAUCCUCAACGCUAUUGUGCUUGAGCUCGAUAUCGAAUCCGGCGAAGUCCUCUGGCAGUGGAGCCUCAUCGACCAUAUCCCUAUCUUGCAAUCCCACGCUGGUGUUCCGAAGAACGGCGUCAAGCAGACUGGUGCCAUUGACCUCUACCACAUGAACUCGAUUCAGUCGAUUGGCGACUACAUUUUCAUUAACUGCCGACACACCUGGUCCUCGUACUUGAUCAACCGCAAGACUGGUGAAAUCGAAUGGACUAUUGAUGGCGAGACUGGAGGAGACUUUGGUAAACUCCCAGAGAACGGCACCUUUGUCAGUACUACCCGUCAUUCCCAAAGUGUUAUACAUACUGACCGUAUCUGUAUACAGUCAUGGGAGCACCACGGCCGUCUUCAUAACAUGACCGAGAGCUCCGUGGUCCUGUCGUACUUUGCUAACAACAACAAUGCCGCAACCAAGGAGGCUGUCUCCAAGGGCAUCGUUUUGGAACUGACCCUACCUCCCAACCCUGACUCGCCCCCCAAGCUUCUUGCCGACCUCUACGAUGCCACUGACCUCCAAAACGCCUGGGCCGAAGGUUCUACGGACAUACUCAGCAACGGCAACUACUUCAUGGGCUACGGAUCCGCGUCUGUUAUCAAGGAGUACGGACCCGGCGCCGCCAACGGCCAAGAUGUGCGCUGGACCGGCCUCUUCGACGCCAUCGGUGGUGGUGACAGCUACCGCGCUUUCAAGCAGGUCUGGCACGCAACCCCCGCGUCACCGCCUAGCCUGGUUAUUUCUAGUGGCAACAUUCCCGAGUCGCUGUCCAAGUGCACCAACUCAUCGGAUUCCGCGCUUGCCUACGUGAGCUGGAAUGGUGCCACUGAUGUGACUUCGUACGAUGUCUACGCUGGCUCGUCCGAGGACGACCUGGAGCUCAUCGGCACCGUUGACAAGCAGGGUUUCGAGACUGUCUUCCCUAUCCACUCCACCUACGCUGCCGUGAUGGUGAGCGCUUUGGACCGUAACUCGUCUGUCGUGAAGAUCAACUAG